AUGAAGCAUUUAUUAAAUACCUUAAAAAUAAUAAAAGAUUGUUGUACAAGAAGAGAAGAAUUCAAAGAAUCAAAUUAUAAACAACUGUUAGAUUUACUACCAUUAGGUGAAUCUUAUGAUGAUAUUAAUGAAAAAAAUUUACAUAUUUUAAAAAAAGACAUUCCUUUAUCAAACAUUAAACUUAAAUUAUUUGAUAAAAAUAAAAACAGACAAAAUAAUUUAAAUAACAAUAUAAAAAAUACAACAGAAAGCCGAAACAAAGAGAGUUAUGAAAAUAAAAGUUCUAUCAAAAAUGUAGACAAAGAUUUAAUAUAUAUAAAAAAAAAAUUAAAUAGAAAUAUAGAACAAGAAAUUUUUUUAAAUGAUAUGAAUAAAAAUAAUAAAAAAUGCUCUAGUCUAAUUAUAAAAGAGAAUGUAAUUCAAAAAUUAAAAGGUAAUAGAGUAAAUAAUAGUAUAUAUUGUGCUCAUGGAAAGUUAAGUGAUACCAAUUCAGUAGAAAAAAAUUUUCAAUUAAAAAAAAUAGAAAUUAUACCUAAGAUUGAAAAAGAAGAAAGUAUAAUGAAUUCUUUUUCUGUUGUUUGUAUGAAAGGGAAUCAAAAUGAGUAUUAUGAAUCAAAAAAUGACAAUGAUUAUAUAUAUUUUAAUAAUUAUGAGCAAUUUUUUUUCAUACAAGCUUAUGAUUUAAAAAUUGCUGGAAUUAUUUCAGGUAUAGGUAAAAAUAGUAUAAGGGUAUGUGACAAUAUUGUUUUUCAUUUAUUAAAAACGAUAUUGUCCAAUUUAAAAAGUUUUUACGAAAAUAAAAAAAAUCUAUGGUUAUCUGAACAAAUUGAAUAUAUAUUAUUAUCAUCAAUAAAUGAUACAAAUAAUUAUAUAAAGAUAAAUUUACAAGAAUCUUUUAAUUCAGGUUGCUCUUUAUGUGUAUGUGCUUAUUCAAAAAAACAUAAAAUUUUAACAAUACUUAAUAUUGGAAAUAUACAAACAAUUUUAGUAAAAAAUAAAGAUGAAAAAAAGAAAGAAGAUGUAAAAAACUAUUAUAAUAGUAAUACACUUUAUGAAACAAUAUUAAUUACAAAAAAGCAUGAUGUUUUAAAUAAAGAAGAAAAAGAAAGAAUACUUUCAUAUGGUUGUAUAAUAAAUGAUGAUUCUGAAAGUGAAAACAAAAACACAUGGAAAAAUAUAGAUUAUUUAAAUCAAUUUAAUGAAAAAAGUGAUCUAAAAACUUUAAAUAUAACAAAAGCAAUAGGCUUAUUUAAUUUCAUUAAAUUUGGUUUAUCAAAUACUCCAGAUGUUAUUGAUGUUAAAUUAAAUAUUAAUACAAGUGGUUUCCUUAUAUUAGUUAGUCAUACAAUAAGCCAAGUGUAUAAUUCACAUAAUUUAGUUAAGUUUCUUUUUAAUAAAUCAAAUAAUAAUUCUUUAUUUGAAUCAUCAAAAAAAUUAAUACAUAAGGUUCACUCUGUUUAUAUGUCUACUGAAAAUAGUAAUGUAAAAGAUAUGACUAUUAUUAUUUUGCCUUUAAUAGAUUAG